CAACAACAUAAUCGCUGAUUCCGCUCUUCCUCCAAGAACCUGGACAACCACUUUCACCCCAUUUCUUCACCCAAAACUUGACACCCAACCACCGCAUCACCUUCAUUUCAGUAACAACCAUACCCUUUUCCGAUCCGCAAGACGGAGGACAACUUCCGUCCCUUCAGUCUGUCAUGGAGUGGAUGACGGACCCAAAGGUCCUCAAAUCCAUCUUCGACCAUGUGGCGCUCCCGUUGCAGCUUCCACAGCAGCAGGACGCCAAUAUUCAAGCUGUUGAAUCUGCUCUCCUGGAUCGCCUCGUGUGCGCGUCUUGUGUAAUGCGCGAUGUUGAUGGUGGCCGGAAUCACCAAAUAUGGGAAUCGAUUCGACGCUCUCUUACCGUCUGCAAAUCAGUCAAUAUUGGGGGACGCUUGGAACGUUCGCGACUGCUGUUGCAUUUGCGAGAGGUGGCGUCUUCUGACUUCCUUAUUCUGCAUGUUUCCAUGCAGAAUGCCGGUCUGAUCAUUCGGAGAUGUAAAGAUGAGAGCUUCGGUGAUGGCUUGCUUUUCGAAAUGUUUGAAGCUUCACCUAAACGGGAAGAUGUGCUAGCUGCCAAGUCUGCCCUUCAGUGGGACUUUCCAGGUGUUGCAGUCGUUGUCCCCCUUGUUGUCUUCAUGGAUGAUUUAUUCCUGGAAAAUCUGGCUACAUUCCUGGAGCAGUGCUCAACCGAGUCAACGAAACCAUUCAGCGAUGUUGCCUUCAAAGCUGGCUCGGACGUCUGGGAAUAUCGCGGCACUUCUGAUCCUUCCCUCAUCACUUCCUUUCUCACUGCCCUUCUGGAAGCCAAUGGCCGUCGGGUAUCACCUACCUUACUGCGGAAGCGUGUAAAGGAUGAUGUCUGUUGGUCAAACGCUGACAUCCCAUGGCGAAGAUUACCUUUGUGGUUGGUCCUUCGUGUCGGCAUCGCGCGUUUUCUAGCAGCUUCUUUGGGUGGAGAGCUUGGAAGACUGCACUACAAGUUGUUCGUUUGUAUAGUUCACGAUAUCGUUCUGUCCGAGUGCAAGGAUGUGACUACAUUGGAGGAACAAUCUUGGUUGAAGGCCAAGCUCUGUCGACGCUUGGUCAAACUGGACCAAGAUUAUUCGGCUGAUUCCGCAACGUAUCCCUUGUUCCUCAACAAGCUGAUUCCUCAAAUAGAGUGCACUAUCCGGGAUACUAGCAUCAGGAUCGACAGUGUAUGGAACCUUGAGAAGCAGGUAAUAGCUCGGCAGAUCCUUCCUGUACCACGUGUCGCAUCCGACCUUGAUCAACGUCUAUCUUUGCGAAAUAGCGGCGAGUACUUAGAGUCAGCAUGCAGACAGUUCCAGAGCCAGCACAUCAAUGUGGCCACACAUAGAUCUUCUGCACGCAGGGUCUCUACUUCUGAUCUGUAUCUCACCAAAAACGGCCUGGACGACUUCAGCAAGACCUUCGUCGACAUAUUUGCACGAGAAAAGGAGUUGCUAGAUUCUCUUCAUGAUCCGGAUCUAGCUUCGGUGAGCUCCGCCACUAUUUGCAAAAUAAGGGCUGCGCAGAUACGAAACUACCUCGAUCUUGUGGGUACCAACUACGACGGCGAUUCCGAGCAGAAGUCGCUGAUGAUACUUCUUGUCUUUGAACUAUGGGUGGAUCUGGACAAGAUCACUUGUUCUAUUUUCCCUCUGCUUCAAGAAUUCCACCCGUUAUUCUCUGCUGGCGCUCUAGACGUGCUGCACUUGCCGCAGAUGCAAGACAUGGUCCGCCUGCAAGCCGUCCAAGAAUACCUAAUUUAUCGCGCCAACACCUGUCAGAGCAACCAUCAUAUAUUUGCUGACCCAUCACGUGGUUGUUUCGCAACGCGGUACUAUGACGAAGCCAAGUAUCUCCACGAGUUGCAUCAGAGUAUCCUUGACGAAGCCGCUGAGAGGUGUGCCAGGAAAGAGGACGAGUGGAAGCAGUCGAUGUCUGAAUACGAACGGUUGGGCCAAGAAUUCAACAAGGCUACAUGUAUCUUUACAACCGAUAACUACGGUCAAAGAUUCCAUAAUCCUCGCUGCUCUCGUUGCAAGUUGCAUCGCAAGAUGAGCGAUAUGAAGAUUUCCAUCUAUGAGGAACCUCUUCCAUCCGAACCUGCACUUCAAAAGGCUAUUGUAUUCGAGUUGGCAUGUCCCCAGACGUUCGGUACAUAUCGUUCAAUCACGUUCUCUAUUUUCAGUCGACUCGGACUGUCGAGGCAGGAACAGAAUGUAGCACCGAAACUACGCUUGACGAAAUACUCAGAGCUCCAACAAUUCUCUCGCCCUUCUUCUGGGGUUUCUUUGGCGUCAACAACAAAGUCCUUCCUGACGACCCAUUACUCAACUGUAGCCUUGCCUGUGGAAUGGGAGCAAGUUUGCCGCCCAAACGGACUCAAGCUGGGGUAUUUUGACGAGGCGUCCGGAAUAUGGCCAGGGCGGAUCAGACUGAGGCCAUUAUUCACCCAUCAUUGUCAACCAGAAAUUCCCAAAUCCUCCCCUUUUUCGUCACUACUGAGCCUUCCGAACUUUGCUGUUGAUUCGAGCGGACCUUCUUCGUAUGAAAUAGCAGCAAGUCGUUCAGCUUGUCCCGACGGUCUCAAUAGCCAUGAGUGGUUCGCUUUCUGUACGCUUAUGUCUGGAAGAAAGCGUCGAUGGAUAUCCAUUCUGACGGAGCUUGGGUCUUCGAACCUUAACUUUUCCACGGAAGCAAGCGUCGGCCUCUUGAGCCACCUGGCGGUGCAGUGCGGCCCAUCUGACGGCAACGGCUCACCACUAAGAGAGAUCCAUGCCAUCUUCCAAGAUGAAUCGUUCUGCAGAAAGCUGUUGGAGCAACUUGAUCUCAGGUUGAAGGCGGCAGUGUCAAAUUGGCGCGAGACAUAUCUGAUGGAGGUCAUCACGACAAUGUUGCUAAGAAUCAUAUCUUUGACGUCGCAUACACAGUCCAAAGACUUGCAGGCAAUCAACGAAAUGGCGUUGAACCUCCUACGGACGGCGCGGGCCGUUUUCAUCAGAUGGAUGAAGAUGCUUCGAGAGGAGAGGCAGCAGGCUAAAGACCCCGCAACUUCAGCCAAUUGUCAAACAUACCUAGUUUGGGCUUGCCUCCAAGCCAAAAGAACCUUCGUAACACAUUUGCUGGACCCUGACACAGAUUCUUUGAGUACGCAAUCAGCCUCAACACUAAUCGAGUGCUCUGCCACCGUUCAGGAUAAUUUCCCCGACUCACAAGCUGUGCCUAUAUUGCUUCGAAGGUCCGUCAUUCGAGAUUUGAGAAUGAUGUUUGAGCUCCAAGGCCAGAUUUUACAAUCUCUACAACGGCAGCCAGAAUCUUGUCUUCUCCCUGCCCUACGAGAGUUGUGGCCGCCAUCUUCAUCGUUCCAGCUGUUGUCAGUCUCCUUCCAUGAAGGAUUCUGGGUGAAGAGUUACUUCGAUUGCCUGGAACAAGGCAAUAUACAAUGCGUGGAGUACAACUAUCUUCAGGGGCAGUUAUUGGUUGAUGGACAAAGUUUGGGGAAACUCCCCACUGAUGUAAAGAGUUCCGUCGUUCUUGCAGAACUCUUUGGCAACCAGAGUCUCCUGAAGUAUCCCUCCAAUCAGCCGGGUAUGAGUUAUUCUCUCACUGUCUCGAGACAAGGCUGGCAUACCCAUAUUGGAUACGAUGAGUAUGGGAUGGUUAUUCGCGCAGUGAGGGGUCAGGUGGUGUUGCAAGUCGUACCCCGUUCGGUAUUUUUGAGUAGAGCUGGUUUCGAUCUUCCGCUUAGUUUGAUCAACGAGCAUGUUCACUGGCUGAAUCUCAAAACCCGAACACUGGAGAUCAGACCCAAACAAACGGUUUGGACGACUAAUACCAGCAACUGGACCUUGGAACUAUCAAGUCGGCGCUGUUCGCGUCGACAAUCGAAGACUUCGGAGAGUCUCGUCGACCCUUACAGUUCUCUAUUCUGCCGUAUCGCAAGAAUCCUCGACGGAUUUGAAGUUCGUCAGCACCUUCUCGUUUACCAACCUCAGAAUCCUAAGGCAUUGACCAUCUUCUUGAAGAGAAUGCAGCUCCUAUUCUUCGUCAACAAGAACAAUUUCCUGCAGAGCCCACAUCUACGCGUAGAGAUUGAUCCAAACCAGGAUGCAGGAACCUGGUACGGCUUGACAUGCCACGUGGUGUGCCGAGAUAUUUCAAACCCUUCCCAGCGCAGUAUUUUGGUUCCACUUGGAAAACUUGCAGCACAACGCAGGAGGCACCAUGUUCAGAUUUCGGUUCAGCUACAAAAUAUCUACGAAACAUCUGCUUGUUACUUCAAAUACGGCAUCAAUGGUAUUCUUGGACGCAUAGACUGUUCUGCCGAGCCUAUUUUGGUCUAUACUAAGGCCUUACUACACGCUUACACUUCUUUCCCUAUAUCAGACCCUCUCACAGGCCGUACUGGUACAGAGGAAGCUUUGCAGAUCUUGGAUUCGGGCAUGGCCCAGUGUUGGACUCCAUUGUCACUCGGGCAGGUCAAUAUUUUACAGACGAUUGCGAGGCUGACACCAAGGAGGGAAUACUACCCAGAAAAGCUUCAAGUUAUGAAGAAGGAAUUCUGGGACCCAGUUUUGCCGGUAACAAUACAGCAUGAUGCUUUCCGAGUUCUGGUUGAGCGUAUACUUUUGCAAUCAGAAAAGCUCUCAAAAUUUGAGCUUCAGCCCUUGGAAUUUCCAUCGUUGCCAGAGCAAAAUACUCACUUGGAGCUACGGGCCAUAUUGCGUCGAUACUCCCUUCAGAGAAGAGACACCUGCAAUUACUACCCGCAAGCUCCACUCCCUUUGCCUUAUCUUUCAAGAGAUCGUCCAUCCACGUCAAGCAUAAGGUACCUGAAUGUGUUUGAAGCUGCCUCUUUGAUCAGAAAAUGGCCGAGCCAGAUGUCUACUGUAGAGAACAUUUCCUACAACCUUUCACAGGCGCCAGUAGUCAGCGGCUAUGGUCAAGAAUUUGACAAAACAAGCCUGACGGAAAAGCUGAAAACUGACGUUCGCGCUGAAUGGGGUAAACUUGUGAAUACAGUCAUCUCCCACGCAGAUAAUCAGUAUUACCUCAUGUUCCUGCUGGGUAGUAUUUGUUUCAGGUUCGACGCCAACAUGGGCCUCAUUCGUUCUCUCAUCGCUUUUGCCCUUUUCGUCGAGUUGCGAACCAUGGAGCUCCCUAACGAUCUUGAGUACACCAACUUUCGCGCCAAUCAAAUUCCCCAAAUGGACAAGCUGCUUGAGUUGAUCGAACCGUUUCGAGCGCCUGUCCCCGAGUCGGAACAGCCGGUACUUCUCGAAUUUGCGAGUACAAAAGAACGUCGGAAGCUCUGGCAAGCAAAAGUUAGCCACGAGAAGAAAGUUGAUGAGGAUUGCAAGUUCUUCGUUCAGUUUCUACUUGAGCAGUGGCCCUCCCCGGAACCAAGCCUUUCACACCUUGACAGAUCAUUCCUGCUCGAUAUGGGGGCUGCUUUUGAGGCUGUCAAGCUGAACUGGGCGAUGCUUUUCCGAAAUCACAUAUUUUCUCGGCAUUUGGAGAAAGUACAAGAUAUCUUCAACCGAAGAAACCAAGAUUCGACUUCCUUCAGAACAAGUCCAUUUAUUCCUUUGGAGGAACUGUACCCCACGCGACAGUCUAGCACUGUAAUCCCUACGCUAGGGGAUCAUCUGGUGAGAAUGCCAGCAUGGCAGCAGGCAAGGCAGUCGUCAAGAUCCGUCACAAACUCAGUCCAGAGCAUUCAUCUAAGGGUGCCUCACCAUGAUACACUCCAUAAUAGCGCUUCAAAGGACGCAUAUAUACAAAUGGAGGCGGUUCCAAAACUCGAGCGCAUCAUCAACUCGUUCACCGGCACCAAAUCCGCUGUACGAGCGAAAUAUGCGUCGGACCUGAGCUUGAGUCUAAAAGCUUUCAAAUCCCGAAUCAAGCCUGCAAAGACCUCUGUAAACCAGCUGAAACAGGCUCGAUCCUCGAAGGGGGGGAUUGUCUCCUUUGUUCGAGACUUUGAGGCGAAAUUUAACGAUAUCCUGUGUGCGAUGGAGCAACCCAGCUCAACGAUCAACCUUCGUCAGAUCCGAUGGCUCAAAGUUGGCCAGCUAUGGCCGGUUCUGACGCGACUGACGUUACUCGAGCAGUUGCGGUCGACCGCUGGGUUUGGCAGCGGUAUGAAGGAGGCUAUCUUAUCAUUCGGCGUUUCCCUGACGAAGCUGCAACAACAAAAACGCAUCGACGAGCUGAUCCUCUCGAGAGAUCAAGAACGGUGCGAGGACGAAAUGAACAACCUAGGUCACACCAACUGGGAUCCGGCUGAAAUACCAUCCUGGCUACUGUUGGAGAUCGAGUCUAACCUCAUGAUUCGAGAGACUCAGGUUGACGUCGCUCGUGCCAUAAUUGCCCCAAGCACUGGAGUGAACUCCGUGUUACAGAUGAACAUGGGAGAGGGAAAAACAAGUUGCAUCAUCCCCAUGGUGGCGGCCAUGCUCGCUGACGGAAAGAGCCUGGUUCGCAUCGUUGUGCCGAAAGCACUCCUUCAGCAAACCGGCCAACUGCUGAAGAGCCGACUAGGUGGGCUUUUAGGCAAGCCCAUCUGUCAUGUUCCAUUCUCCCGGAAGACCCUUACCAAAGAGAGUGUCAUUCGGACUUACCAGAGUUUGCACCGAAGUAUACAGCGGAGAUCAGGGGUCAUGCUGUGUUUGCCCGAGCACAACUUGUCUUUCAUGCUUAGUGGCCUCCAGCGACUUCUAGAUAACCAAGUGCCCGAGGCAGCAAUGCUCGUGAAGACACAGAGGUGGAUGUCGUCUUGUUGCCGGGAUAUACUGGAUGAGUCGGAUUUUACUCUGGCGACGAAGACUCAACUUAUCUAUCCUUCGGGCACGCUUCUGAAUGUGGAUAACCACCCGCAUCGAUGGAAAGUCGCGGAAACGCUUUUGGACUUGGUUGACAAAAAUCUCUAUGUUCUGUCAGAGUCUUUCCCACACUCUAUCGAGGUUGUCCGUCGGCCUCAAGGUGGAUUCCCACUUAUCUUUUUCCUGCGCACAGAUGUCGAGGAAGAGCUACUGAAUCGGCUUCGAAUCGAUAUCCUCAGCGGCUCACGAAACAUCAUCCCGAUCGAGACGCUCGAUCAUAAGGAUAGACUGGCUGUGAAGGAGUUUCUUACUGCCGCCAAAGUCCGACCAAGCUCUCUGGAACGUGUCAAAAGCCUCUGUCCCGAUAGACCCCACGUUCCUCGGACGGUUUUUCUGCUGCGCGGCUUGUUGGUUCAUCGUAUUCUGCUGAUGACCCUCAAGAAGCGCUGGAAUGUUCAGUAUGGACUGCAUCCUACCAGGUAUCCUAUAGCGGUUCCGUAUCAUGCCAAAGGAGUGCCGAGUGACUCCGCAGAAUGGGGCCACCCAGAUGUUUCGAUCUUGUUGACGUGCCUAUCUUUCUACCAUGGCGGGAUCACUAUCGAGCAAACUCGCCAAGCACUAGAUCAUAUGCUGAAGUCGGACGACCCUUCCUCAGAGUACGACCGGUGGACAAAUGAAAGCUUCCCGGAGUAUCUACGUGACUGGCAUUCACUCAAGGUCGACGAUACUCAUCAGCUCAACCAGAUAUGGAAUAGCGUUCGAUACAAUGUCAUCGUAAUCGACUAUUUCCUCAACAACUUGGUAUUCCCGAAGCAUGCCAAGCAGUUUAAGUUCAAGCUUCACUCCAAUGGAUGGGAUAUCCCAAAUUUCGCAACGAGCACUCAAGACCUUUCUGCACCAAAUGGCUGCGAUAAUAAGCGUUUGAAAGCCCUGACUACUGGCUUCAGCGGAACCAACGAUAGCCGAUCCAUUCUCCCACUCACGAUCAAGCAGGACGACCUCGACGCCUUAGCCCACACCAACGCAGAAGUUUUGACUUACUUGUUGCAACCUCGUUCAAGCGGGUGUAUCAUCUCGGCUGAUAGUGAAGGUAAGAGACUUGGUGAGGUUAAUUUACUACGCUUGAUGAAAGGGAGCAAGAUCAAAAUUCUCAUCGAUGCUGGUGCCCAAAUUCUCGAGAUGGAUAACGAAACGCUGGUCAAGACAUGGCUGAAAAUCGACGGCUCUUGCCUUGCUGCGGUUUAUUUUGAUACGCAAGACAAACCAUGGGUUGUCUCGAAGCAAGGAAUCAAGACACCACUGCUGGCAUCACCCUACGCGGAUAACCUCGGCAAAUGUCUGGUGUACCUUGAUGAGGCGCACACAAGAGGAACUGACCUCAAGUUUCCGCCACAUGCCCGAGCAGCCCUGACUUUAGGCCUGGGACAGACCAAAGAUCACACCGUCCAGGCUGCUAUGCGUCUUCGUCAACUGGGAACUACCCAAGCUGUGACCUUUUUCAUAGCCCCUGAAAUCAAUCAGAGCAUUCGCGACCUUCAGAGGAAGAAGGACGGGGAGGAAAUCAACUCCUAUGAUGUCAUCUGUUGGCUUUUGGACAACACUUGCGAGGCCAUCGAAACGCUACAGCCUCUCUACUACUCUCAAGGCAUCGACUUUUGCAAGCGCCUACAAGCGGCUGCAGACUUGCCCGAUUUCAUUGAGGACGAUGAACAGCGAUCAAAGUAUGUCGCUUCGAUCAAACAAGUAGAGCGUCAAACGCUUCAGCAGCUUUAUGGCCCUUCGACAAAAACGAAGGCAGCCCAGCGUACAACAGUAUUCAGCUCGAAGAUUGAAGGCUUCAUCAAGGAGUUGGAAGCUCGGAAAAUGGGUUUCCAGGAUACUGGCAAAGCUGUCCACGCCUCUGCUCUUCAGGAGGUUGAGCAAGAGCGCGAGCUAGAAUUCGAAGUUGAGUCAGUUCGGCAGGUGAAGAAGCCGAUCCCCUACACCCCCUACAAUUUCCCAGGACUCCACAGGGAUAUCGAAAUCUUUGCCAGAACCGGUCGAUUGGCCGCUGGAUCUGACUCUUUCAUCCAUUGUUUUCAGGCCAUGGCCCGUACAGGCCUUGGACGAAAAUACAAGAUCAACCGUAACGCCAGCUCAUCCAGCCUGUUUGUUUCGGUGGAAUUUGAGAGAACCGUGAAGCUGGGGGUGGGAACAGUCAACGAUAACUUCCUGAGACCGGUACAGUGGAUUUUAUACAGUCCUUGCCUGGAGACGGCGAUUAUUUUGACACCUGAGGAAGCGGAAGUAGUACUGCAUGUUUUCCGGGAGGUUGAGAGAGAUGGCCUGGCUCCGAAAAGUCACCUCGUGACCUAUGCCGCCCCAACAACAAGACGGAUGAUACACUUCAGCAAGCUGAGUUACUUCGCGGUUCCCGCGUUGCCUCAGGAUUGGGAGGCGCCAAUGUGGCUAUCUACAGAAAUUGGGCUUUUCGCCGGGAGACUGUAUUUCACAUUUGAUGAGUACAGUGCUGUGUGCGAGAUGCUUGGGGUAGAUGAGAUUGCCACUGGUACCGAUGAACACUCUAUCUUGGAGGAAUCCACCACCGAGACGGGUGAAUCAUCCAAUUCGGAAAGUAUCAAGGAUCCGCUUGACGGCGCGGGGGAUUCAGCUGACAUGGUCGCCCGCACCAGCGAAGGCGCAUCGUUGAACAGACUCACUCCGAAACCAUACACAUUUACUCGUGAGUGGCUAGCCAUACGCCGGCGGGGACAGGACUUUGUGCAAACCCCGAUGGGUUUCAUAGUCCAUGGCAAGCCAUUGCACUCCGAUCAUCCGUUCUUCCGAAAGCCGGACGUGCUUCCACAGGCUUCGGCACUGCUUCCUCUGGGAUUGUCGGAACUCGACGGAGAGCACGAGGAUGACAUUGUAGAUGGUGUCGAUAUGGGUGAUUUCGACAUGAGCGCCGAAGUUGGCGCCGACGAAAAACUCACAGAUAUUCAGUAUCACGAGGAUGAGAGAUACAAAUCGGAUGACGAGGAAGCAGGCUCGGAGAGUGACAAUGUGGCACCGAAUGGAAAUGCCAGUAAGGGUGAAGCUCCUGCAGGUCGCCAUACUCGCGGGAUAGCUGCCAGGGGAUGAGUGUUGGCUAUAUUCAUGCCCGGUCUAUGCCAGUUGCUUUUGCUUGUAUGUUGCGGAGGGGUCAUGCCUCCUGAUUUGUGUCGAUGAGGAUCAUGGAUAGUGUUCAGUUCUGGCUCUUAAUUUAUUUCUAUGUCCUAUGAAAAGGACUUUGUGGAAACCUAUGACAGUGUCAAGGAGUGAUUGCUGGCAAGCGCCCUUGAGUUUGCUGGGAUACAGAGCUCGACAAGCUAGAGAUGC